AUAAAGGAUGUGAUGGGUCGGUCUUCCCUCCCCAGGAAGCAGAGCUGAGACUGGUGAAGUUCUUGCCUGAGAUUCUGGCCCUGCAGAGGGAUCUGGUGAAACGAUUCCAGAAUGUUCCAGAAGCUGAGUACCAGUCCAUCAGAGGUUUCAUUGACAGUCACAGCUCAGGGGGCCUGAAGCAGCUGCUCCACAGCCGCAUCAUGGUGUUUCUGUCCACGUGGAACAAGCUGAGGAGGUCUCUGGAGACUCGCGGGGAGAUCAAGCUGCCUGCAGACUACUGCUGUGCCGACCGGGACCUGGACACGGAGUUCGAGGUCAUUCUGCCCCGUCGCCAGGGCCUGGGCCUCUGCGCCACAGCCCUGGUCAGCUACCUGAUCAGCCUGCACAACGAGAUGGUCUAUGCGGUGGAGAAGUUCUCCAAGGAGGAGCACAGCUACUCCGUGGACGCCUCCGAGGUGACCGACCUGCACGUCAUCAGCUACGAGGUGGAGCGGGACCUGAUGCCGCUGAUCCUCUCCAACUGCCAGUACCACGUGGUGCAGGGCAGCGAGAGCCUGCAGGAGCUGGACCUGGAGCGGAUCCAGCGCCAGGUCAUCGGCCGCUUCCUCCAGGGCAAACCCAGGCUGAGACUUAGGGGCCUCCCCACGCUGGUGUACAGGCAAGACUGGAACUAUGAGCACCUGUUCGCCAGCAUCAGAAACAAAAUGCCCCAGAGCCCCCUCCCCCACUCGGCCACCAGCGCCCUGGGCAGGCAGCUGCAGUCCCACAGCGACACCUGCGAAGCUCUGUCCCUCGUGGAAGUCACGCUGGGGUUUCUGAGCACAGCUGGCGAGGACCCGGACAUGGACCUGAUGUACCUGCAGCAGGACAAGCUGCGCAUGGGCGACCAGACCGAGCAGGUGGUCAAGGCCUUACACCGAUGUCAGCUCCAGCACAUCAUCGCCCUCUGGCAGCUCCUCUCAGCCCACAAGUCUGAGCAGCUGCUGCGCCUGCAGAAAGAGCCCUUCAGGGAGAUCAGUGCCAAGUACAGAGUGGAACUCAGCCCGGAAAGCGCCAAGCACCUGCGCACGUUCCUGAACCAGAGCUCCCUGGACACCUUCCUCCUGGAGCUCCACGAAAUGAUCCUCUUGAAACUGAAGAACCCCCAAACCGAGGCCGGCUUCAACCCCGACUGGAG